AUGAUAGAGACUGUGGAAAAAGUUCAAAAUACCACUCAUGGACAUGGCUGUUUGGAGCACUGUGCGCCUCUGGGGCAAAGCACAUCCAGCACAUCUGCUUCAGUCAGUCGCCUCCUGAGAUUUGGAGCCGUGGUUCUUGUUGUUGGUGCCGUGUUAAUGCUGUGUGCAUCCAUGGCUGCUCUCUACCUGUGGAAAGUCAGUGAUAAAAAUGUUUAUAAUGUACGUUACAGUAUGAACAUCAAUGGGGAGGUGAGGGAGGGCUCUGUGGAAAUUGAUUCUGACAACAACCUGGAGAGAUUUAAAACUGGGAGUGGAGCUGAGGAAGCUGUGGAGCUUCAUGACUUUCAAAUUGGAAUAACCGGAAUCCGCUUCUUUGGAGGAGACAAGUGCUAUAUAAAAUCCCAAAUCAAAGCCAACCUUCCACACAUGGGAGCUCACAACAAAGAGCUGCUGAUGUUGGACCUGACAGAUGAAUUAAUGCCCGUGAGGUUUGAUGAGGAGGUCCUCAUAUGGGUCGCAGGAGAGCAAGCACUAAAGGACACCAGUUUUCUGAGCAACAAAAUUCUGGGUCUUUGUGGGGAACUUCCUAUCUACUGGCUCCAACCUACCUACCAGAAAGAUGGGGAAAGGAGAAAGAGAGACACAGAGCGAGCCAAACGGCAGUUUAACAUGGAGGAGUUUGAAGCAGCUGCUGAGGAGAGGGACCCGGUGAGUCACGCAGAAGAUGACACCUCCAGAGUCAUGGAAGAAGAGGAGGGGGCACAGUCAACCGGAGGGUCAGCGUACAAUCCCGAAAACCCCUAUCAUCGCAGCGGAGAAGCCAGAGAGGAAGGCGCCAUGACCUUUGACACCAUGUUAGACCACCAGGGGAUCUGCUGCUCAGAAUGCCAACGCAGCUACACUCACUGUCAGAGAAUAUGCGAGCCUCUACGUGGUUACUGGCCUUGGCCUUACAACUACAGAGGGUGCCAGGUAGCUUGCCGGGUCAUAAUGCCUUGUCGCUGGUGGGUGGCACGCAUUUUAGGUGUUGUAUAA